CAGUUUUCUAUGAAAUUCUCUUUCAGACCAGCAUGGAUCCAUUUGACACUGGAACGAUGACAGCCGAAGCUAUAGCUGAAACGGCAGCGGCCGUCGCAGCGGCUACAACAGCUGCCGCGGCGGCCGAGGCAGCAGCUGAGGCGGCUGCCGAAGCGUCAGCAGAAGCAGCAGCAAAUGCAGCUGCGACAGAAGCUGCAGCCCCGGUGCCAAAACCGCAUCCUGCUCCUCUAACACUUCAAGACUUCAUCGAUGAUGGCGAUGUGACGGAAAUCCCGACAAUUCAGAGCAACCGGAAGAGCAACACCCUUCCAAUUUGGGGUAAUCAGCAAACAAUGAACCUGAAUGGUCUAGUGUUAGAAAAUGUAAAGGAAAGCUACUAUUACAAAAAUCAUUUGGUUGAAAUCGAUACCGCACAACAAUUACUAGAUGAGGUUUUCUACAAGGUCAAACAUCUCGAACCAUGGGAGAAGGGAACGCGAAAAGUGCAAGGAAUGACGGGAAUGUGUGGAGGAGUUCGAGGUGUCGGAGCUGGAGGUGUUGUUAGUUCUGCUUUUUGUCUGCUUUAUCGAUUUUUCAAGGUUCGCCUCACAAGAAAACAACUGAUUUCAAUGAUCAACAGUCGGGUUUCACCAUAUAUACGAGGGCUAGGCUUCAUGUACAUUCGCUAUACCCAGCCACCAGCAGAUCUGUGGGAAUGGUUCGAGCCAUAUCUGGACGAUGAAGAAGAGAUCGACCCAAGAUCUGGUGGUGGAGAUAUUAUGACUUUCGGGCAAGUUGUUCGAAUCAUGCUUACCAAGCUGGACUGGUAUGGUACCCUAUUUCCAAGAAUUCCAGUUCCCAUACAGAAAGAAAUUGACGAAAAAUUUGCGGAACGGAAGCGAGCUCUCUUGUUUGGCGACGGACACCUCGAUUAUCGUGAACGGGACGAAGAUCGCUAUCGACGAUCUCGCUCCCCAGGAGACCGUAAACGCCCUAGCAGUCACGAACGUCAUCAUGAUGAGAAACGCCCACGGCCUACACGAUGUGGCCAUCAUUUAAGGCACCAUCAUUGCACCAAACAUCGCAAGAAGUGCCCAGAAAAGGCAAAACGAGCGCGCCAAGAAGCUGAAGAAAAAGCUGCAGAAGAGGCGAAGAAGAAUGAGAAGAAUGAAGGAAGUAAGGAUAAGAGCAGCAAGAAAGAAACAGAAAAUACUACGCCAAAAAUUUAGAUGUUAGUGACCUCAUCCUUCGCGUUUUAUGUGUGAAAUAAAUCAAACGGUUCAUGGGUUCUAUCUGUCUCAGUCUUCUGUUUUAGUUCUCAUUUUCCUGGUU